CGACACCAGUGACGAUCACUGGGAUGACAGCGGCAAAAGCGGAGUGCAGCAGGAGCUCGCGGGCAGAGGGACGGCUUCUUGCUGAUGUUUCUACUCCCCCCAGUGCCCCUGCUUGGAGCGCAGCUGGAGCUCGCGCGCUGCAAGUUGCAACACGCGGUGGAAGCCUCCGCACCGCAUAGGCGCAGGCAGAAGCAGCAAAGGCGCAAGCAACACAAGUGCAGACGCUUGGACCAACCGCCACCACCACCUCACCUUCUCCAGUCAAGGCUUUUGGUGACUUUCAGUGACAUUCAUUGCCACCUGGCAGCUGAAUCUCCCCAUCGCUUGUGGUGAACCGGGUUGCAUUGAGAGGUUCUCCUGUCCUAACGAGAGACUACUGCACCGCCGACAGAAAAUACAUACGUUUCCAGAGCAACCAGCAGGGCAACAAGCACCUAGCUUCCGCGAUCUAGAGGCUUUACAGGAGGGAUAGUGAUCUAGCAUCUCCCUCAGAUCGGAAGCCGAUCAUGCUGCGAUGGCGUUCCUUGUGGUCUUGCGCCAAGAAUUUAUACAGCAAUCCUGCAAAUGCAGUAGACUUUAUUGCACACCCUCAACCAUUAGUUGCAGAAGCGGAUAGGGUGUACCGAGAUCCUGAUAGUGGUACCUGGUGGUGGUUUGCACAGCAAGAUCUGCCGGAGGGUGCAUCUGUUGUAGCUCUAAUUGUGUACUCCGAUGAAACCAACCUCUCGAAAGAUGGAUCAGUCACCGGUUGGCCAGUGUACGUGUCGCUGGCCAACAUUUCAUCUGGAAAUCGCUGGAAACCACAUGGAAGGCGCCUUGUAGCUCUGCUACCGAAGGUGACUGAAGACAUGCUUGCCCCUGGUAGCUGCAUCGUCCGAAGACGCAUGGAGAUCUUUCAACAGGCUCUGGACAUGAUUAUGGGAGACUGCAUGGCAGCUGCAGACAAGGGAGAACCAGUGCUUGACCCAUACGGCAUUCGACGUAUGGCAUAUCCAUUGUUGUAUGCAUAUGUUGGAGACUACCCGGAACAGUGCAAGGUUGCAGGAACCAAGUCUGGACACUCAACCAAUUUUCCCUGCCCUCGCUGCAUGGUGCACCGGAAGCAGCUGGCAAAGACAGAAAUGCGGGCACAGCGAACGGUGGCAGCACAGAAGCACACAUGGAUGGAAAUGGGGUGCCUUCGUCAACCUACUGAUCUCCUGAGGCUGGAAACAGCCAACAGUCAACACCAUGUGCAUGCUUUGGAGAGUGGAACGCCAACUGUCACAGGUCGGAAUGGUCAGAUCAACAUGGACAAGCCAACUGGCAACCAUUGGCAGCAACUGUGUGCCACUGCUCCUGGGGACAUGGACCGUUUACAACCAACCAUUCGAGGAUCGCUGUUGGCUGGAGAAACAUGCGAUGCCACCAUUCACCUGCACACCGGUGUAGGUAUCCCAGGACGUGAGAACUAUGAUUUGUACAGCAGGCAUGCUCAGUAUGCCAGAGCCACACCUUCAUUCUACGGGAAACCUUGGUACUCUGAUGUAUCUAGAAAGGAGGCAGUGGCAGGACGGGUCCAUCGCGCCCUACUGAAGAUUAUGACUUGGAGAGGUUGGUUUGGAGCGCAGGGGUAGACGAGUACUCUGUUUUUCCCAUUUCCCACAUCCUGCGCACUCUGCAUGUGGUCCCUACAUCUCCAGACCCCAAAGCACCUAGCGCCACCUUUAUUUUGAACACGUUUAGG